AUGGCCAAUUCUCAUAGAAACACAUUAAAGCAUGACCAUAAGCCAUUCAAAUCAAAGCAUGCCACCAAAGGUCAAAUCAAGGCCAGAAUAAAGGGUAAAGUUGAAAAAUCAUCCAAUAGUCUGGGUGGCAGUAAACUGCUGAAAGUUGUAUCAAAAUUGGAAAGGAAAAACUUAUCAAAACAACAAAGGGACAAUAAGAUCUUAGAAACGAAAUUAACUAAAAAAUUGUUUGAAGGUAAUUCAGGGGCAGAAAAGAUUGUUACCAUAAUUACAUUAACUAAUGAUUUAUCUGCUGUUGACAUUGCCAAUAGAUUAUUUAAUGAACAAGAAGAUACCAGUAAUGAGUCAAUAACAAGAUUCGAUUUUGGUUAUCCUUCGGUCACAAACAUAAAUAUUGCAAAAUUCAAAACCAAUUUGAAAGUGAUAAUUCCCAAACAAAAUAAUAUGAUUAGUAUUCUUGAUGCGGCCCAAGUGUCUGAUUUUGUUCUCUUGGGGAUAUCUGCAACUGAAGAAAUUGGAGAAAACUCAUUUGGUGAAACCGUCUUACGUGCAUUGAUUGCUCAAGGUAUAUCAACAACAAUUGGGGUGUUGCCGAAUAUUGUCCUGGCUUAUCCAAAACGUAAUUUACAAUUAGAUGUCAAGCAGUCGUUACAAUCAUUUUAUCAUCAUUUUUUCCCAUCGCGAGAUGGAUCAUCGAAUCGAGGCAGUGGCACUGAUAGUGGUGGGAAUAAAUUAUACCUGUUGGAAUUAGAUUCUGAUAACUCGAAUUGUUUGCGGAUAAUAUGUCAAAAAUUCCCUCAACUGAUAACUUGGAGAGAUUCUCGUGGGUGGUUAGUUGCCGAUAAAGUUGAAAUUUUUAACCCAAAUGGCAUGCCUGUGGAGAAUCAACAACAAAUGAUGGUGGUAGAAGGUAUGGUGAGAGGAGUUGGAUUCAAUGUUAAUCGGUUAGUUCAUUUGCCUGGAUUGGGCGAUUUCCAAUUACACAAGUUGGAGAAAUUGGCAAGAAAAGCACGUGGGAACAGCUCACGUAAUCAUCGUGGCGGUAUGGAUAUAGACACUGGUAAUGAUGGUGAUGCUGAGGAAACGUUUUUGCCUAAUGAACAGCAAGAGCUGUUGGAUGAAUUGAAUCCUGACGAAGGGAUCGAUAUGGGAACUAUGGAAGAUGACGAUGAUUUCUUAAAUAACGAUAACUUUGGUGUCAGAUCAGAGGGAAAAAUAUAUUUCGAUAACGGCAACAGCAACGGUACGAGCUCUUCCAGCACGGGCAAAAAACUAGUUCCAAGAGGUACUUCAGAAUAUCAAGGAAGAUGGUUUGUUGAUGAUGUAUUGGAUGAAGAUGCAUCUGAUUUAGAAGAACAACGAGAAGGAGAAGGAGAAGAAGAAGAAGACGCCAAUAUAGUUGACGAUGAUAUGAUGGUAGAAGAUAAUAUGGAGGCAGAUGACAUUACCGAUAGUAUCCAUGAUUCAGAAAUGAUGCACGUUGACUUGUCACCAGAAGAAGAAAGUCGUCAACUUGAAGAAUACCGAUCAUUAGCUAAAGAUGAUUUGGAAUUCCCUGAUGAAAUUGAGUUGCAUCCUAAUGAAUCGGCUAUAGAGCGAUUGAAAGGGUUUAGGGGCGUCAAGUCUUUAGGUAAUUGUGAUUGGGAUUAUGAUGAGUACGAUCCUGAAGCACCAUCGAUAUUGAAGAGGUUGUUCCAGGUGUCGAAUUAUAAAGCCACGAAAAACAAAGUCAAUAAACAAUUCAUCAAACAAACAGAAAUCACCGCAGGUAAUCGAGUCAGAUUAUAUAUUAUCAUUCCUCCUGGCGCUUCCAACAAUGUAAGCAGCGUUAUUGGCAGUUGCUCGAGUGUUCCAUUCCCUGUAUACGAGUUAUUAGAACACGAACACAAGUUGGGUGUUUGUAAUUUCUCAUUUGAAGCAUGGCAAGAUUACGAGAAACCAAUUAUUAACAAAGAGCAAAUCAUUGUGCAAUAUGGACCAAGAAGACAAAUUAUCCAGCCGUUAUAUAAUCAAGCCAACAAUAAUCCAAACAACGUUCAUAAGUUGGAGAAUUUUGUCCAUCAUAACCAAGGUGGUGGCGGUGCAAUUAUCGCUACUGCUAUAACCCCAGUAUUGUUUACUAACUCGCCAACAUUAUUUUUCAAAAUUCAUCCCGACGCUGACGAUAGUAGCAACUCUAAUGGUGGAUCAGUUGAGUUUGUUGGUAAGGGUACUUAUUUGGGCAGUGAUGCUAAACGUAUCAUGGUACAAAGAGUUGUUUUAACUGGUCAUCCAAUAAAAAUUCAUAAACGUGUGGUCACUAUCCGUUACAUGUUUUUCAAUCGUGAAGAUAUCAACUACUUUAAGGCAGUCUCGUUGUUUACGAAAAACCUGGGACGAGUCGGAUUUAUUAAAGAAAGUCUUGGUACUCAUGGUUAUUUCAAAGCCAAUUUCGAUGGUAAAUUGACAUCACAAGAUGUGGUGGCUAUGAGUUUAUAUAAACGAUCCUGGCCUGAAGUUUCAACUGCCUGGAAUAAGUUUAAUUAUUAG